GAGGGCGAGGCGCGCAUGCCCCGAGCACGCAGCCAGCCAUGCACCAGUCCUGCAUCAAUAGCGGCGAGGAGGAGGUGAUGACAGUUGGUGACAGUCACGUAGCAAACGUCCCGGCCGCUGUGCCGAGGCUGGGGGGCCGGGUGAGUGAGGGGUCACCGUGUGCAAGGACGAACAUUACACGACUGCUUGGGGACAAUUCCUGCGGGAGAAGGGCCGGUGUUAGAGCGCGACCUUUACUCUUCCUUCCUCCUGCCCGCCUGCCCAAAAAAGCAAAAAAACCACAAACCUGGAAUUCCAGGCAAGUCGCACCGGUGCCUUGCCUUUCGCUCACGCCCAGCCAAAAGAUUCCUCUCAGGAGAAAAGAGGACAGCGAUGGAGAGAAAACUCGGAAUCGGAAUCCCCUUGAAGGGCAGCCGAAGGGAAAAGCGAUGACUGUGACCCUUCAUGGAACUGUGGCAAAUUAAAUGUUGCCGAUGUGAUUCCAGAACCCCUCAUGUAUUCUACAGUCACCGGGUGGAAAAUGUCCUCUCUUCCACAGGGGACGGACGAUGGUGGCAGUCACAGAAUGAUGUAGAUCAUGUUUCUCUUCAGCUAGAUCUGGAUAAAAGAUUUCAGCUCAGUAGCAUCCUAAUGGACUUCAGGAGUCCUCUACCAGUUGGCAUGGUGAUUGAACGUUCCACUGACUUUGGCAAAACCUGGAAAAUUUAUCAGUACUUGUCCACGGACUGUGCCACUUCAUUUCCACGGAUUUCCAGAGGUCUGCCUCAGACCUGGCAGGAUGUGCGUUGCCAGGAUAUACAGACUCAGCACAGACCACCACAAAAUGGGGGCAAGAUUGAGUUCAAUCCUGUUGGCCUUGCAUCUGGGAUGAUGACAUCUCAAAGCCAAAGAAUCAAGAAUCUGACUGAAUUCACCAACCUGAGAGUCAACUUCACCCAGCUGUCACGUCCUCCACCCCAGGGGUACCGUUUGCCCAGUGCUUUCUACGCCUUGACUGAGAUGCAGGUGCAAGGGAGCUGCUUCUGUCAUGGGCAUGCUGACCGCUGUGCUGCCACUGAAGCCUCCUCUGGAGAGCCCAAUGAUGUGAUUCGUGGGCACUGUGUGUGCCAGCACAACACUGCCGGGCCAAACUGUGAUCACUGUGCAGAUUUCUAUAAUGACCAGCCAUGGAGACCUGCUGAAGAUGACAACCCCAAUGAAUGCCACAGGUGCAACUGCAAUGGACAUUCCAAGAAGUGCUAUUUUGACCCAUCUGUGUACCAAGCCAGUGGGGGUGUGAGUGGGGGCGUGUGUGAAGACUGCCAGCACAAUACUGCAGGAAGAAACUGUGAACAUUGCAAAGUGAACUUUUUCCGUAAUCGGCAGUUCGACCUUGGGCAUCCAGAAGCCUGUCUCCCUUGUGAAUGUGACCCAGAUGGCACUGUUCCUGGCUCCACCUGUGACCCUGUGAAUGGCGUCUGUGUCUGUAAGGACAACGUGCAAGGAGAUCGUUGCCAUCUGUGCAAGCCUGGAUACACCCAGUUAACCAACUCUAACCCUCAGGGUUGCAGAGACUGUGGCUGCAGCAUCUUGGGCAGCCGCAGGAACAUGCCAUGUGAUGAUGAAACAGGACGCUGCUUCUGCUUGCUCAACGUGGUGGGAGACAAGUGUGAUAAAUGUGCAGUGAAUCACUGGAAAAUUGCAAGCGGCCAGGGUUGCCAUCCUUGCAACUGCGAUCCUGAAAAUUCUCUCAGCCUUCAGUGCAACCAGUUUACAGGGCAGUGUCCAUGCAGGGUAGGCUACGGUGGAUUGACAUGCUCUGCCGCUGAAGUACGGGUUUGUCCUGAUAGAUCUUAUGGAGAUGUCACAACUGGAUGUAGAGCUUGUGACUGCAGUUUCCAGGGCACAGAGCAGAUGGGUUGUGACAAGCUGACUGGUAGCUGCCUUUGCCACACUGGCUUUACUGGAGCCCGCUGUGACCAGUGCCAGAGGGGUUACUGUGAGAACUACCACCGCUGUGAGCCAUGCCACCCCUGCUUCCAGGCUUACGAUGAUGACUUCUCCAGGUUUGGCUUGCGCCAAGCCACCUUGAAAAAUGUAACACUGCGGCGGCAGGUACAUGUGGGGGCAAUGAGCUCCAGCUUCAGUACCCGCCUCUUAGAAGCACAGAGUGAAAUUGAGCGUAUCCAAGGGAUCCUGGCAAAUUCCCUCGUGACAGAGCAGGACCUGGAUCAGGUGGCUACUGCCAUUGCUACAAUCAGGAGGACUAUUGAAGGCUUAAGCACUGAAAUAUCUCCUAUGGAUGAAGUGCCUUCCCUAUCCAUAGAUAUAGAUGGUCUUGAUAGAAGUCUGCAUCUAAUAUCCGAACUGUACCAAACCAAGAAGACCCACUUUGAAGCCAGCCGCAGCACAGACCUCUCAGGAGCAUUCAGCACUGUCAGCUCUGCGUAUCAGACAUCCUCUAAUGCCAGCAUGCGCAUAACUGGAUCUUCUAGACUCCUCGCUCAGUCUGUGGAAAACAGGAAAAGUGCUGAAGAGCUUGCAAGUGAUCUUACAGAUGAUGGGCCAGGACUGUUAGCUCUGCAGGAUGAAAUGUCUUUCUCUCCAAACUUGACUCCAGUCAUUAAUAAGAUUUGCAGUGGCAUCCGAACAGCAAUUUGUACCCCUGGUGAAUGUGUUGGAGAACUGUGUCCACAGCAAAAUGCAAGUCAGUGUGGCCCUGGUCUGAGCUGUAGAGGGAUCCUCACACUUUCUGGUAGCUCCAUCCAAACUGCCAGAAGGACCACCCAAGAGAUCCACAACUUAAGUAUCCGGCUUCAGGAGACUGCGCAGAUGAUCAGAACUGCUGAACUAGCUGCCAGCAAGAUCCAAACCAAUGCCCAAAGCUUGGGAGACCAAAUGAGUACAACUAGGACCCAGAUAGAGGGAGACAUCCAGCGCACACAGCAGUUCAUCCGCCAAGUUCGCAAUUUCCUAUCAGAUCCAAGCACCGAUGCUGCCACCAUUCAACAGAUCAGUGAUUAUGUCCUCUCCCUUCAUCUCUCCACUGAUUCUGCCACAAUCCUAAGGAAGAUGAAUGAGAUUCAGAACCUGGCUGCUAAGCUACAGUGCCCUGAGAGCAUCAUUGCCCAAACUGCUGGGGACAUUGCUAGGGCCAAGCAGCUUCAGAAGGAGGCUGAAGAAGCCAGGAACCGAGCCAACGCUAUUGAAGGCAAUGUGGAUGAUGUGUCAGAGAAUUUGAAGCAGGCAAACCUAGCACUUCAGGAGGCUGAAUAUACUAUCCGUAGCUCUGGCCGUUCCCUCCAGCACAUGCAAGGCCGCCUUGAUGAGAUACAGAGUGUCCUUGGUCCAGCUGAGAAGAGUGUGGAGGACAUCACCCAACAGCUGGACAGUUUCACCGAGAAACUCAGCCAGUUACAGAACAAAGCAAACCAGAACCAGUUGUGGGCUGUGGAUGCACAACAGAGCGCAACUGAAGCCAGUGAGCAAACAAGGAGCCUUCAACAGGGAUUUGAACAAGUGAAACAAAAAUAUGCAGAACUAAAGAGGAGGGCAGGACAAGGACCAAAUUUGGGAAUGCAAGGGACUCGGAUCCAAAAUGCCCGCAUGGAAGCUGACACAUUGUUUCAAGAAGCCAUGAGAAUGAUGGCCAGAAUGGGAGCUAUAGAAACAGAGCUGCAAGAGAGUAACAGUGCAUUUGUUCUUGAGUCAUCAAAGCUGAUCGGCCUGGAAAAGAAAGUGGAAACCAUUCGUGAUCAUAUCAGCCGCAGAGUUGCAUAUUAUGCCACUUGCAAAGACUAGCACCCCUUAUGCUCAUGUCCUUACUUUUUGUGAUUUGCAAAGACUGUUUGUGUCUCUCUUUGCAAAUUAAACAGCUUUGUUACCUUUUAAUGAAAAAUGCUUGCUUGAGACAAAAGAGUCCUUUGUGAUAGAUCAAUUUUAGAAAAACAGUGCUUGAAAUGUUAAUUUAUUUACUGGUACUUUCCAAGUUUUUAUACCUAAGCAUCACCACAUGAAUUGAUUUUUUUUCUGAUGGUUGCCUUCUAUACAGCAUGUGCUUCUUUUGCAAGUUUUAUCCUGGAGGAAACAGGAUUAAAGCUGGAUUGGAAAAGAGGGAUAAAUACAAGAAGACAUGAAUAGUGUUUUAGCAAGAAGCAUAACACACACGACUUGGAUUGAAUGGCCUAUUACAAGACAACUUGUUUUAUUAGCCACCUGCCUUACUGAUAGUAUAACACUUUACAGACAAAGCAACAUAGGAAACAAAUCUGCCAUUGGAGUUAGGAUGAGGCCCCUCCUGAAUGAAUUACUAUCAUACUUCCAUUAAUAUCAAUAACUGGCAGGCACUUAAAAACCAAUCAGCUUUAUUAAGCACAUAAUACAUAUGAUGGAGUUACUGACUUGGAAGCAGAAAUUAAAUUCCUCAAGAGACAAGGGAUGCUGUGUAAACUCCCUCUACCCACCUGAUCUUCUGUAGAAGCCCUGUGCAAACUGUGCAAGAGCCAUGCUUGGCAGAUUGCUCCAUAGUACAAACAACAACAAUAAAAAUGAGCCAGCAUAGGAUGCUUUCAGAUUUAGCCACCCCCUGGCCACAUGGACUGAGCAUAAAACAACAAAACACCUGGCAAUUGCUCUGUUAUUCCACUGAACCACUACAAAAAUACAACACACACUCUCUGAUCACUGCCAAAAAAAGGAGAUACAGCUGAAUGCAAUGAUGUAGGUUAAUACACUGCAGCUGCUAGCAGAAGCAUGGCUUCUCUCUUUCAUUAAAAACAAGACAAAAACAAAGCAAGUUUUCCCUGUUUGUAUGAUUGAUCCCUUCUAAUGAUGCAAGAGAAUUGCAUUGUAGGUCUCUGGUCUCUCAGGUCUCAGGAUGUGCAGCACUUGAAUAGAUGGCUGUUGCCAUCUGAGGACACAGCUCUGCCUGGCAGACCUCAGGAGAGGCCCCUCCCUCUUCUUGCAGAAGUGAUGUUUGACUUUGAAGCUCUGAGGAAUCAAAUAGGCUUCCUAAAAGACAAGCAGAAAUGCAAAUUUAGAUUCAGAACCUUUAACUUGGACAUGAUUGGGAAAGGAGUUGAAAAUAAAACUGCCAAGAACAUACUUCCCUUGUACAAAUCUGUAAUGAGACCACACUUGGAAUACUGUGUACAGUUCUAAUCCAUGCACUUAGUAGAGGAUGUUGCAGAGGUGGAAAAAGUGCAGAAAGGGGCAACUAACAUAAUCAAGGACCUGAAACAAGGAAAGGUUUCAACAGCUGAGAUUAGCUUCGCUAAGAAAGAAGAGUAUGGGGAAACAUCAAUAUGUACAAAAUGUUGUAUGGUGUGCAUAAACUCUCAUAAAAGUAGAACUGAUGGACAUCCCAUGAAGCUAAUUUGUAGGAAUUACAAAUUCAGUACAAAUAAAAGGAAGUACUUCUGGCAUGUAAACUGUAGAACUAACGUCCACAAGAUAUAAUGAUGUUCACCAUCUGGCUUGGUUUUUAAAGGGGUCAGUCAACUUCAUGGAGGAGAAUGGUGUCAAUGGCUACUAAUCUUGAUAGCUCUUUGUGGCCUCCAAUAUCAGUAUGGAGGCAGUAUGCCUAUGUACACUGGUUGCCAGGAAACAUGGGUAAGAAGGUCCUGUUGCAGUUACGUGUGUGCUGUUUUGGGGUUUUCAGUGGGUAGUUGGUUUGUCACUGUGUGAACAGGCUGUUAGACUAUGUACACCUGUGCUCUGAUGUAGCAUGGCUCUUCCGAGGUUCAGACGUGGAGAAACAGACCUGUGGCAAUUUGCCUCCACUUAUUCUCUGCUUGAAAUUUGCCAAUAAAGCAAAUGUUCUGUCAAACAUA